UUGUAUUUUAUUUUAAUACAUUUAUUUGAGGGAUAUUUUGUAUUUUGUAUCAUUUUUGCCCAUCUCUGCUGGGUGGAAACCCAUUUGGAGCACCAGACAUUCUGUUCUGUCUGUCACGAUUCGGAAGGCAGAGACCCAAUCGCUGACCAGAUGCAGGAACUGUUCAGGUUUAUUUACAAAAGGUUAACAAAAAAGUCCAAAAGGCAAACACACAAAAGAUCCGGGCAAAAACUAGAAUUCCAAAAUAACACAGAAGAUCCCAACUUAGGGACCCAAGCACUGGCAGAGCAACAAUACAAGAAGCAAGGCAGAGCAGGAAUACAUGAAGGCACACAGCUAAUUGGAACAGAACUCUCACCAUGCUAGUAUGACAGACUGAACUUAAAUAUCAAAGGGGGAACUAGACAACAAGACACAGGUGAACUAAAUCAGGCAAACCAACAGGGAGAUAAUUGGGAACAGGUGAGGGGAGGAGACACGGACAACAACAAGGGAGCACAUGGCAGGAAUAAGGAAGUACAAGGACUAGACACAGGAAGGAAACAACGGCAGACAGAAGUAACAUAAAACGAUGAAGGGGAAACAAAGUAAAAGCAAGGGUCAAAAACAGAGCACAGACCUGACAGUCCUGAAAGAAUAUGUAUGACACGAUGGACGAGGACGUAUACGAGUUUGAAGAUGCUGAACUUCCUGACAUUUCUGAGUUUUGUCCCCAGGCGGAAUUCGACCAAAAUCCUGACUCCCUUUUUUUUAAUGAUGGCAAGCGGCGCAUUGACUUUGUGUUGGUGUACGAGGAUGAGAGCAAGAAGGAUUUGGAUGAAAAGAACACCUUCCAGCGGCGAAAACGUAGGAGAGAGCAUUUUGAAGCCAGUCUGAUGAACAUGGGCAUGGAGCUGGAAGCAACUAGAUCAGUUGUGGAUGAGAAAAUCCUCUUUGUGAAGGUCCACAUGCCCUGGGAGGUGCUAUGUACAUAUGCUGAAGUCCUCCACAUCAAACUGCCUAUCCAGGCCAAUGACCUGGCCUCUAAGUCCUCACCAUUCAGCUGCUUCACAAAGUACUUCUACCCCAGUGAGGACGUCAUCGCCACGGAGACAGAGUUCUUCACUGCUCCCUUUGAGAAGAACAGGCUGGAGUACUUCAUCAUUAAAGACCAGGAUGAAUUCUUCAAACCUGCAAUGAGAAGCAGAAUGGCGUACUACAUUCUCUGUCGAGCCCCAUACGAAGAAAGGGGAGCUGUGAAAAAGUUUGGCAUCCACAAGCUGCUGGAUGGAGACGUGUACAAGGCUGCCUACCCCCUCCAUGAUGGCCGAUUCAAUAUCAAAUCCCAAGACGAAGGAUCUCCCAAUGAAAGGUAUCUGCUGUACACCGAGUGGGCCAAUCCAAAAAGCUUCUACAAGAUGCAGCCUCUGGACCUCAUCAGGAAAUAUUAUGGAGAAAAAGUUGGAAUUUACUUUGCCUGGCUGGGCUUCUACACACUUAUGCUGACACUAGCUGCCAUUGUGGGCCUCUGCUGUUUCAUCUUUGGCUAUAGAACACGGGAAACCAGCACAUGGAGCAAAGAGGUGUGUGACCCUGAGAUUGGUGGAAAGAUUAUCAUGUGCCCUCGAUGUGACAAACUCUGCUCUUACUGGCGGCUCAACAGCACCUGCGAGACUUCUAAAGAUCUUUGCAUAUUUGACAACUAUGGAACGUUGGUGUUUGCUGUAUUUAUGGCAAUUUGGGUGACACUGUUUCUGGAGCUCUGGAAGCGCUAUCAGGCUAGGCUGGAGUACAAAUGGGACACAGUGGAGUUCCUAGAGCAGGAGGAGCAGCCAAGGCCGGAGUAUGAGGCCAAGUGCAUUUACCAGAGGACCAAUCCUGUCACCGGGGCAGAAGAGAAGGUGCCUUACACUGCCUGUGGGAAGUGUGUGAGAGUGUCUUGCGGAAUUGGCACUGUUCUUUUCUGGAUUUUUCUCACCGUCGCGUCAGUGGUGGCUGUGAUUGUCUACCGACUCGCUGUCUUCUUCACCGUCUCUAGAAGGCUGCGUGAAGACAUCAAAGGACUGGAGCCUUUCAAAGAGUAUGUGACGCCACAGAUGGCAACCACUGUCACUGCAUCUCUCAUCAGCGUUGUCAUCAUCAUGAUCCUCAACAACCUCUAUGAGAAGGUUGCCAUCUGGAUAACCGACUUUGAGCUCCCAAGGACAAGGACAGACUAUGAGAACAGUCUGACGCUUAAGAUGUUCCUCUUCCAGUUCGUGAACUACUACUCUUCAUGUUUCUACGUGGCCUUUUUCAAGGGCAAAGUGGUGGGCUACCCAGGAGAGCCUGUGUACUGGAUGGGGUUAUAUAGAAAUGAGGAGUGUGAUCCUGGAGGAUGUCUUAUCGAACUGACCACUCAGCUCAGUGUCAUUAUGGGAGGCAAGGCCAUCUGGAAUAACAUACAGGAAGUUCUGCUUCCGUGGGUACAAAAUCUGAUUUCCCGUCACUGCAAUAAAGUGAACUCUGAGAAAAUAAUUCCACGUUGGGAGCAGGACUACCAGCUGCAGCCGCUGGGAAAGUUGGGCCUGUUCUAUGAGUACCUGGAAAUGGUAAUCCAGUUUGGCUUUGUGACACUCUUCGUGGCCUCUUUCCCUCUGGCUCCUCUUCUGGCCCUGGUGAAUAACCUGCUUGAGAUCCGUGUGGAUGCGUGGAAGCUGACUACACAAUUCCGCCGGAUUGUGCCGGAGAAGGCCCAAGAUAUUGGAGCGUGGCAACCAAUUCUUCAGGGUGUUGCCAUCUUGGCUGUAGCGACCAAUGCAGCCAUAAUUGCCUUCACAUCAGAUAUGAUUCCACGUCUGGUGUAUUACUGGUCCUUUUCUGUGUCACCAUAUACGGAGAACUCCAGCCACACCAUGACAGGCUACAUCAACAACACACUCUCCAUUUUUAACAUCAGUGAUUUCACAAUUGACAGUAUGCCUCUUGACGAAGUAAUUCCUUAUUGGUUUAACACCAGCACCACCUGCAGGUAUCGAGACUUCAGAUUCCCUCCAGGUCAUCCAAGACAGUAUGACCACAACAUCUACUAUUGGCAUGUCAUAGCUGCCAAACUAGCCUUCAUCAUUGUUGUUGAGCACAUUGUGUACAUCACUAAGUUUGUGCUGUCAUAUGCCAUCCCUGAUGUGCCCGACAAGGUGAAGGAACAAAUCAAACGUGAGAAAUACCUCACUCAGGUUCUCCUCCACGAGGCCAACCUCAAGCAACCUCAUGCAACCUCAAGAAGGUCGCCAAACAUGUGAAGCCCUUCGCUGAUGUGAUCAAAUGUGAUUUGGAGGGAGAGAACCUGGACCAGCACUUAUGAGCCUUCCUCGGGUAGCGACAGGGUCAAGUACUAUUU